GAGCAUUAGCAAGCACCUGCUUAGUUAGCUUCUUCGUGUCGUCCCACACAGCUAGCACAAGAGACCGAUCAGAGAGAUCGACAUGGCUCGCGCUCAGCUGGUGUUGAUCGCCCUGGUGGCGGCGCUGCUCCUCGUGGCGGCCCCGCACGCCAACGCCGCCAUCAACUGCGGCCAGGUCAACUCCGCCAUCGGCCCCUGCCUCGCCUACGCCCGAGGCGCCGGCAACGGUCCCUCGGCCGCAUGCUGCAGCGGCGUCAGGAGACUCAACGCCGCCGCGAGGACCACCGCCGACAGGCGCGCCGCCUGCAACUGCCUCAAGACCGGCGCCGCGAGAGCCAGCGGUCUCAAGCCCGCCAACGCCGCCAGCAUCCCCUCCAAGUGCGGCGUCAACCUCCCGUACACCAUCAGCGCUUCCAUCGACUGCUCCAGGGUGAACUAAACGACCGGAUUCAUUCUAUCUCUCGCCGGAGCCUGCAUGGCUCCAUCGUUGCUACAUGGAAUAUCUAGUAUGCCUCUACUGAAUAAGAUCUCUCCGUCGUGUACACUGUUACACGCUUGGUAGUGUACGUACGUGUGUGUGAGAGAGCAGUCACACGUGUCCUUGCUACUGUUGUUGUAUCCGGCCACCGGUAUUUCCUUGUUCUUUGCCGCCUCCGUUUGUAGGAGACCGACAUGAGACCGAGUUUGUACCAUGCAUGUCCACUACCUUAUAGUACCUACACCUCUUUUUGAUAAUAUAUACUCCAUGUGUGUUUGUUCCAUA